GGGGAACAUGGCCGCCGGAGCAAAGCUGAGAGAAGGAGGCAGGAGAGAGCAGACUCCCCUGGACCUAGCUGUGUCUCCAUGAAGAGUGACCGCUCUAUGGGUAUACCUCCUGAGCUUAAAGAUGGACGCCCCUCCAGAGAGGAGGGGCGUAUCGGCUAUUCUUAUCCGUGUUUGUAUUUGUGUUUGUAUUCUUGUUUGUAUUCGUGGUCAAAAAGCGAUAUCGCUCCCGACUGUAUGGCGUGUUCCUAAUGCGGCCCCCUAACUGGCCUCACAUCCUGUCUACCUAUAUUGAGUUCCAGAAGGCAUCUCAAACCAACAUAAAAGUGCCAGCAGUGGGAGGUAAUUUAGAAUAAAAUAAAACUAAGAAUAAAUUGGCCCUAACAACAACAGGAGAAUUUCUAAUUUUAAGAACAGUAUGAGACUAUUAUUUGUUCUGUUCAGACUAAAUUCUAACUUUUUAACUUCAAUGUGGAGAUAUCUUUCCUCUCUUGAAAGUAUAGACCGUCGCGAUUCCCAUUGAAACGAAUGCCGUGGUGAUUAUUCUUCCAACGAGAGCUGUUAAAUUGUGGAAAAUGAAUUAAACUGUAAUCAGACAACGCGGUAUGGGGUUUCUGUGGUAUACAGACUGAGACGAAUUUCGAAUUAUAAAUAUGAACAAUCCAUAACGUUGGCUCCCUAGCUCUUAGCUCAGCAGACUAGAAUACCUUCUAGAAUCAUUGCUUGUUGGCCGGAAACAGAAAGGGGGGCUGUUUAUGUUUGGCUGUAGUCUUUUCGCUCGGUUCUCCGUCUCAACAGUAGUGGUAGAACCCCUUUCCGUUUCCGGCCAACAAGAAAGGAGUCUUCAAACAGAAAUCAAUGGGAUUUACAAAAUACCAGAAGUAACUAAUAGCUCACAGCAACAUAUUGAAAAAAAGAACUAUGAACUAAUUCAUUUUUUGGAACUGUGAACUUAAAAAAAAAUAGAAUUAUUUUACUGUGAGCUUCGAAUGUGGUUAAUUUGUUUUUCAAUAAAUCCAUUUAUUUUGUCAUGUCGUUUAAAGUUGUGCUCUCUCCGGCCAUCUGAUCCUCACCAGCGCUGAUGCGCUUCUCCGCGUUAGUAACUCUGCUUAAGGUGGCCCGUGUUUCUUUUUUCAGUCCGUUGAUCUAUUUGUUCUGUUCAUCAAAACUUUGUUUAAACGAUUCUCUAAUGCCAGUGACCUCCGUGAUCAGGUGGACAGCCCAGCCUGGUGUGUCUUUGUCUGCCAUGAUUUGUUUGGUAGCUCGCCAACUGGUAUCACGCGGCUUUACAGUUUGCCUACUCUCUUUACGAUUUCCAACACCUGACAUUAACGCGUCCUUAUCUUAGGCACCUUUUCCGUUACUUUGAAGUGUGUUUAUAAAAUAUUUAGAGCAACAAUAAAGGUGUUAAGGUCUAUCACUUGCAGAGGAAGUUGCUGUGCCACGCCUUGUAGUCACGUGACCUCAAGUUGAAUAAUUUAUCUAAAUUAAAAACAAGAUUUAAAUAAACUAUCAAGGUUGUUUGUUUUAAGGAUUUUUUUUAUUUUGUGAGUGAACAAGUUGGUGCAACAAACGGUUUCAUCUUUACCCCAAUAAAGACGAGUUUAAUGAAUCAACUAUCGUGUUUACUCAUUGUCAUUUCAAAUUGCCUUUUGAUUUCUCUUCCAGGGGAGCUUGAAAGGAUCCGUUCUGAAUUUGUGAAGGGAGUUUCAGAACCUGUUAUCAAAGGUCUCCUGGAUGACCUUUGGCAGCAGAAGGUGUUCAGUUCUGAGGAAAAGGACUACGUGAUGGCCGAGAGGACCAAAGCAGACCAAGCACGUUGUCUGAUCGACAUGGUGAUGGGGAAAGGGGAGAGAGCAAGUCAAGCGAUGAUUGAUAGUAUGAAGAAGAGGGACGAACACUUAUGCUCCACCCUGGGUCUGAUCUCUUCUCCUCCUGGUGUGGGAUCUGCUGCGGUCCAGUGCCAACAUAAAAUAAAGUCUAAUUUGCAGAAGAAGUUCAGGUGUGUGUAUGAGGGAAUCGCUAAAGCAGGACGAUCAACACCUCUGAAUGACUUCUACACAGAGAUCUUCAUCACAGAGGGAGGCAGUGGAGAGGUCAACAAGGAACAUGAGAUCAGACUGAUUGAAACAGCUUCCAGGAAACAAGCCAUGGAGGAAACACCAAUCAGAUGCGAGGACAUCUUUAACCCAUUACCUGGACAAGAUAAACCAAUGAUAAAACCAAGGACAAUUAUGACAACAGGAGUGGCCGGCAUUGGUAAAACCGUCUUAACACACAAGUUCACUCUGGACUGGGCUGAAGACAAGGCCAAUCAGGACAUACACUUCACGUUUUUCUUCACUUUCAGAGAGCUGAAUUUACUAGAAAUGAAAGAGUUUAGCUUGGUGGGACUUCUUCAUCACUUCUUUAAUGAGACCAAAGAAGCAGGAAUCGGUAGAUACGACCUGUUCCAGGUUGUCUUCAUCUUUGAUGGUCUGGAUGAGUGUCGACUUCCUCUGGACUUCCAGAACAACCCGAUCUGGACUGAUGUCACAGAGGUCACCUCGGUGGAUGUGCUGCUGACAAACCUGAUCAGGGGCAACCUGCUUACCUCUGCUUGCAUCUGGAUAACCACACGCCCUGCGGCAGCCAAUAGGAUCCCUGCUGAGUGUGUUGACAUGGUGACAGAGGUGAGAGGGUUCACCGACCCACAGAAGGAGGUGUACUUCAGGAAGAGAUUCACAGAGGAGACACUGGCCAAAAGAAUCAUCGCCCACAUCAAGAAAUCACGAAGCCUUCACAUCAUGUGUCACAUCCCAGUCUUCUGUUGGAUCACUGCUACAGUUCUGGACAACUUCUUCAAAACAUCCCAGCUAGGAGAAGAGAUGCCCAACACCAUGACUCAGAUGUACAGCCACUUCCUGAGGGUUCAGUCCAUGCAGGGGGACUGGAAGUAUCAUGGGAGAUCUGAAACAGAUCCACACUGGAGUCCAGAGAGCAGGAAGAUUAUUGUUUCUCUGGGAAAACUGGCUUUUAAGCAGCUGGAGAAAGGCCACCUGAUCUUCUACGAGGCUGACCUGGCAGAGUGUGACAUCGAUAUCAGAGCAGCCUCAGAGUACUCAGGAGUGUUCACCCAGAUCUCCAAAGAGGAGUGUGGGCUGUACCAGGACAAUGUUUUCUGCUUUGUCCACCUGAGCAUCCAGGAGUUUCUGGCUGCCCUUUAUGUCUUUAUGUCAUUCAUCGACACUGGGGUCAAUCUGCUCUCAGGACCACUACAAUCCCUGUUGUCUAUUUUUAGAAACAAAAGAAAUGUCAAUCUCUACCAGAGUGCUGUGGACCAGGCCUUACAGAGUGAGAACGGACACCUGGACUUGUUUCUCCGCUUCCUCCUGGGCCUCUCUCUGGAGACCAAUCAGCUUGUCCUAAAAUGUCUGCUGGGGAAGACAGAGUAAGUAGCUC